AUGGAACGAUGCUCAUCAUGUGCCGAACGAGGAACGGAAGUGCUCGUGUUGGGCGAGGAAGUCUGGUACGACUGGUACAACAAUACCGCCGUCCCCGUGCCAGCCCAAGCCAACUCAACCAUGCCCGCCCCUCUCGGUCACAUUCCAGUCUACGCUCGUGGAGGAUCCGUCUUGCCCCUUCAGCAAGCUGCACUCACCACCAGAGAUGCACGAAACAGCCCCUGGGAUAUCCUCGUGGCACUGGACAAGGACGGCAGCGCAAAUGGAAACCUCUACCUUGACGACGGAGUCAGCGUUAUACCCAACGCCACGCUUCAUGCGGAAUUCAAGCCUCAGAAUAGGAAGCUUGACACUUUCAUAGAGCAUGGUGGAUGGGCUGAAGAGAACAGCCUGAGAAACGUUACCAUUCGGGGCGUUAAGCAGACAAAGACCCCUAUCAAGUUCAAUGGUCACGCUGUGCCCCCCAAGAACGUCCACUUUGAUGGUAAGAAGCAUACCUUGGUCGUUUCCGGAUUCAAUAUCUCGGCUUGA